AUGGCCCUGGACAUGUCGACUUCCGAACGUCGAUACUCGGACGACUCGGACGAUUCAAUCUCUACAGCUUCAACAACGAGUUUUGUUUUCGAAAGAAUACAAGAAAAGACCGAGAUGGACGCUGGCAAAGAUAACAACGAUCCCAGAGCUCUGGACGAUGAUGAUCCUCUCAAAGAGGAGGACGACCUCGAGACGGGCCCCUUCCUCGGUCCCGGAGCUACUCUACACCGCCAGCCCAUGGAUAAGAAGUUGCGCCGCAUUUUAAUCAUUGCUGGUGCUGCGUUUGUCGCCCUCUGGCUUGCAGGCCUCGGCAUUUUCCUCUACAGGGGUUCAUACCAUCACGAGAGCGAUACCGAACACGAUCCUGAUGCUGCAACGCGAGGCUCGGGGAAGACUGUCACCAUGGAUCAGCUUUUCGAUGGUAGCUGGCAAGCCAAGUCUCACAGCAUCAGCUGGAUUGCAGGUCCGGAUGGAGAGGAUGGCCUGCUGCUCGAGGUCGGAGCUAGUGAGAAGCCAUACAUUGUUGUAGAGGAUAUCCGCAAAGAUAAGGAAAACCGGGCGCCGAUUAAUACUGAGAUCAAGGCCUCCAAAUCGCGAACGCUUAUGAAAGAUAACUUCUUUGUUCAUGACGGAAACCAAUACACACCCGAUUGGAACGAGCCCAGCCCCGAUUUGAAGAAGGUUCUGCUCGGUGUCAACAAGAAGAAAAACUGGCGCCACUCUUUCAGCGCCAUCUACUUUAUUCUUGAUGUCGAAACUCAACAGGCUGAGCCGCUCGUGCCUGGAAAGCCCGAUGCUCGAAUCCAGCUUGCCACAUGGAGUCCCAAGAGCGACGCUGUGUCCUACACACAGGAUAACAACCUGUACAUCAGACGCCUGGAUGAUAAGAAGAACGUAGUUCAGAUCACCAAGGAUGGUGGCCCGGAGUAUUUCUACGGUAUCCCUGACUGGGUGUAUGAGGAAGAGGUCUUUAGUGGCCGCAGUGCUACCUGGUGGUCUGAGGACGGCAAGUACCUGAGCUUCCUGCGAACCAAUGAAACUGGCGUCCCCGAGUUUCCUGUUCAGUUCUUCAUCAAGCGACCUAGCGGUACCGACCCUGAAAAGGGCGAGGAAGCAUAUCCCGAGGUCGAGCAGAUCAAGUACCCCAAGGCAGGCGCCCACAACCCAGUUGUGGAUCUCUUGUUCUACGACAUUGCCAAGAAAGAUGUCUUUUCUGUCGAUAUCGAUGGUGCUUUUGCGGAUGACGACCGCAUCAUCAACAACCUCCUUUGGGCCGGUGAUAAGGCCGUUGUCAAGGAGACCAACCGUGUCAGCGACAUUCUCAAGGUCGUCCUGAUCGAUGUCACUUCUCGCAAGGGCAAGACUGUGAACACUGUCGAUGUUGAUAAGAUAGACGGUGGUUGGUUUGAGAUUUCGCACAAGACAGCGUACAUUCCUGCGGAUCCCGCGAAUGGCCGUGAUCACGAUGGAUACGUUGACUCUUAUCUUCAUGAGGGCUACGAACACCUUGCUUAUUUCACUCCUCUCGACAACCCCGACCCUAUCAUGCUCACCAAGGGUGAAUGGGAGAUUGACGAUGCUCCUUCUGCGAUUGAUCUUGCAAACAACUUGGUGUACUUUAUUGCCGCCAAGGAGUCGUCUAUCCAGCGUCACGUCUACUCUGUCAAGCUCGAUGGCACCAAACUGGAAGCUCUGACCGAUCCUGAGACUGAAGCCUACUACGAUGCUUCAUUCUCCAAGGGCGCCGGCUUUGUUCUCCUGUCGUACCGCGGACCCAAGGUUCCAAGCCAGAAAGUCAUCUCCACGCCGUCAAGCGUCCAUGACUAUGAGCAUGUCAUCGAGGACAACGCUGAACUCGCAGAGCGUGCCAGAAGCCACGAGCUUCCCGUAAUGAAAUACGGCACUCUCGACCUUGGCGACGGCAUUGUGGUCAACUAUGUUGAACGCCGCCCUCCUCACUUUGACAAGAAGAAGAAGUACCCUGUCCUUUUCCAGCAAUAUUCUGGUCCAGGAUCUCAAUCUGUCACCAAGAGGUUUGCAGUGGAUUUCCAAGCUUACGUCGCUUCUGCUCUUGGCUACCUCGUCGUCACCGUCGACCCUCGAGGCACUGGCUUCCUUGGCCGCAAGCACCGCGUGGUAGUCCGCUCUCAGCUCGGCGUUCUUGAGUCACAAGAUCACAUCGCCGCUGCCCAAUCCUUCGCUUCCCGUCCCUAUGUCGACGCCGAGCGCCUCGCCAUCUGGGGUUGGUCUUACGGUGGUUUCACCACUCUCAAGACGCUUGAGCAAGACGCUGGUCGCACUUUCAGCUACGGUAUGGCUGUCGCCCCUGUAACCGAUUGGCGUUUCUACGACAGCAUCUACACAGAGCGCUACAUGCGUACGCCUCAGGAGAACCCUGGUGGUUACGACAUGUCCAUGAUUGCCAACGCCACAGCUCUCGGCGGCAACAAGCGCUUCCUUGUUAUGCACGGCGUUGCCGACGACAACGUCCACUUCCAGAACUCGCUCACGCUGCUUGACUCGCUUGACUUGGCGGGUGUAGAGAACUACGACGUUCAUGUUUUUCCAGAUAGCGACCACAGCAUUUACUUCCACAAUGGAAACCGCAUUGUAUAUGACAAACUUCGAAACUGGCUUAUCAACGCCUUCAAUGGCGAGUGGCUCAAGAUCUCUGACCCGAAGCCUCACAAGGAAGGGGUCGAGAAGGAGAAGCGCCAGCUCAUUGCGGAUUUCUGA